AUGCACCGCCGCGGCAACGAGCUACUCUGCGUUCCUCACCCGAUCGCCCAUCGUAUCGGCGUCCGGAUCCCACUCCCCCUCCUCGCCGGGACAAUUGGGACGCAUCGUGGCCGCCCCACCGUCUGCAAGAAUGAUCAAGUUGGGACCAUACGCGAUGGAGGGAUGAUCGCGAUCGAGGACAGACCCCAGGGUACGCCAAGAGAGAGAGGUACCCCCUCGAACAACGUAGAGGACAAGUCGAUUCCAUUCCUCAGAAUAGAUGGACGUGGACUCCGCCCCGCCCCGUUGCUCCCCUCCCUUCUAGAAGAGCACCGUUCUCGACUCCCCCCCUCCACGAUUCUCGCCCAGCCCCCGAUACUUCAAACUUAUCGCGUUCCGUCCCAAUCGAGGCCUAACCCUAAGUGGGAAGCUGCAGCUAGACCAGUGGCAAACCCGGAAGACCAGACUGAGGGAUCCCUUUUUAGCUGGAACUCCUCGGGGAUCCAAACGCGGCCCUUGGCACCUGCGAGUCCGGACACACCUUGGACUAAAGCAUCCACCGUUGGUACAGCUGGUUCCUCUAGCGCUUCCAAGCCCCACGAGAGUAUAAUUUCGUAUCCCGCUUCCUCUCGCGAAUUGAUAUCGAAGUUCCCCAUCCAGUUAAUCCCAGGGUCCUCCCGAGUGGAAGUCGAACAGUGGCUAUCACGAAUCGCUGCUGCCGGACAGCUCCUGCUUGUGAGCUCUCAAGGGGACCCGAAGAUCCAAUCCUACCAGGAGCCAAACAACGGCUCACGCCCCCUUCCCGCGUUAACCAAUCCGGUUUCAGCCAUGCAGCUCUGGCGUGUUGAGGCUCUGAAAAAACAGUACUCCCUUAAAUGGGUUCAACAGAUGCGCAUCCCGCAAGAGGAAUACUUCAAGGCUAUAGCCUACAGAGAUCGCGCGAUCAGCGAACUCCGUGAAUCCGAGAAUGUUAUUGCCAAGUUCAAGUCGGCGGCCCACACGUUGGAUAAUUACGCCAACUGGCGCUGGUCGGAUAGAGCUCGAGCAAAAGGGCCUCGGGGGGCCUUCGACUACCAACGCGCCGUCCAAGCGCCUUCGAAGGAGCGCCGCCUCGCUCUCUGGGCUCGUGCUGGUUAUUUCGUGAAUGACCCCAGCAAACCGGAGCCACUGGAUGCCACUCACAGGGAAUGGGCGGAAGAACUAUGGGACAAGGACAACAAACAGGCGGUGAAAGAGGGACACGCGAAUGCUUUUCUAGCGGUCCUCCUAUUUGAAGACAGGAUUACGGAGUUGGGCCUUCCUUCUAAUCUUGAGCCCGAAUCCGACGAUGAACACCGUCUCAUCCCUAACAAGUACGCCAGCAGAAGAGCCCUAGAUGGAGAGGACAGUGAUUAUUAG